AUGGUUGGUCCCAAGGAAAUGGUAGCGGCGAAAUUCGGGAACUUCCGUCGAGAAUUCUUCAAUGACGAGGCCUGCAUGGACGUGGUACGUUCAGUCUCUGGAGGAGCAGGGCAACGCCUUCUCUCCAAGCUCAAAAGCAACGCGCAUCGCGCUGAUGUUUUCAGAUACGUCGAGCACUGGCUCCGUGGCGGCAUCUACCUGGACAUCAAGACUGCUUUCCUGAUUACGCCGCAGGAGCUUCACUCCUCCAUCGUGGCCGAGUGGAGGCAACAGCCACUCCUCUCCGACCUUGCCUCCCAGGCCUACGGUUGGGACGCCGAUAACUUGCGAGCUAGUGGUCCUCCUGAUUACUUUCUCACGGCCAUUGGCCAGAAAAAGGACCACAUCUUCCAGGGAAUACUUCUUGGACGCCAGCAGCACCCCCUCAUGACAGCUGCCUUGCGCCAUGCCUUCCAGCACAAGUAUGUGGAUGCUCAGGGCACCGUUAACGAGAAGUACCUCUUCUUCUGCGUUGCUCUUUACGAGGUCAUACGCCAGGACCUGCUCAAUGACCAGGUUCUUCACCCGACGGUGCAAGGCCGCAGCUUGGCUCCUGGCUGGCAUCUCACUCAGACCAUGGGCCCGAUCUACCUGCUGCAGGAGGUCCAUGAGAAUGCGCUGAAGAAAACGCCGCAUGCUCCUCCCAACGAGGGACAUGGUUUCCGGACAGCUACCGAGCAACUUGUUGCUCUUACUCGAUGCUGGGGUUGGAACAAAGGCUGGAAGGCAGAUCCAGCUUCCACCAGAGCCAACAACGACGCCAUCCUUCGUGGACUCCCUACUGCCCUUCAUGAUGCACAGGAGGCUGGCAACGCCACGGCUCAGCGAGGCAACGCCUCCUCAACCCAGGUACAGGAGCUCAUCCCACGUGGUCUGGGCAUAGGCACCUCUGAACAUGGCGACACCCUGUGCUGUGUCUUCUGCACAGGCCCGAACGCUACGACAGCUUCCUCCUCGGAUUCUAGCAACCAGCGACCCAGCGAGCCUGCCUCCCCUCCGCCAUACGCCGCACCGCGGCCAGCCAUCCUUGAUGCACCGCAUCGUCACGAAGCUCCUCCUCCAGAGCCAGAUGACACUCCACCUACAAUGGAGGAGCUUUGUGGCGAGAAAGACUUCUACGAUUGGGUGGUGGCUGUGGCGGACCUCCAGUCGUUGACGGCUCCAGAAGUCGUAGGUGUCCUUCAGCCCCAGGAGUUCACAGCGAUAUGGAACGCCCGACUUCAGGUGCUUGCCAAGCCGCCUACGGUGCUCGCUGGCCUCAGCACGGUCUACCAGAAGCCUGGGGACGAUCGCAAAGACCUCAGCUGGCGCUCCGUGAUCUCGGGCAGGCUCGUUGUCCACCCCUCCGGCCACCUGACGAUGGUCACGAAGGACCGCACCGGCCAGGAGCACAUCCACCCCAAGCUCACGACCUGGCUUGGGGGUCUUCAGGCGAUCAUCAAAAACGGGGUCCCCUAUGCUCUGUUGGCUACCCAGGAUGAGUUUCGCCUCUUCGCGACGACCCUGCAGACCAUCUACGAAGCCGCCACCAAAAAGGUCUUGGACAGCAAGCUGAACGUCAUUCGCAAUGCCACAGGCCAGCAACUUCGUAGUCGUCGAGAACGGCAAGCUGAUUACAGGGAGAACAAGGAGUCAAGAAGGUCAGACUCUUAUGGGUCUCAAGGGACCUCAUCAGGUCAUUACUCCCGAUCUGCCGGCUCCCAGGACUGGCAAGACUGGGAAGACUGGGAAGAGAACUCCUAUGCCGCCAAGAACUCCGACUACCACGACUAUUACCGCUGA